AAAAGCCAAUGGUACAAGAGGGCGAAGAGUGAUCGCCCUCCGACCUUUAAAAAGUUCACUGUUUCUGUCCUUACAGGAUCUUUUUGCAGUGGAAAGUGUGAGCUGCCGCCUGAUUUUUGUCUCUAGGUCCCCAGCAUUAUGUCCAAUUUAAAGGAGUUAUGCAGUGGUUUACCUCUGGACCCUUUGCCACCAAAACAGGGAAGAGAUCCCCGUUUGCCACAUGCUCCUAUUCGGACUCCAAACCUCACAGCAGAAGAAGAGCGGUUGGCGCUGAGAAAUGCUCUGCGUUAUUUCCCUCCCUCUGUCCACGCAACACUCGCACCUGAGUUUGCCCAAGAGCUGCGGCAGUACGGACACAUCUACAUGUACCGCUUCUGCCCCACUCUGCGCAUGAGAGCUCUCCCCAUCGAUCAGUACCCAUGCCGCACACGCCAAGCAGCCUCUAUCAUGUUAAUGAUUAUGAACAACCUGGACCCAGCAGUUGCUCAGUUUCCUCAGGAGCUCGUCACAUACGGAGGUAAUGGGCAGGUGUUCAGUAACUGGGCCCAGUUCCGCCUGGUGAUGCAUUACCUGAGUGAGAUGACCGAGGAGCAAACUCUGGUCAUGUACAGUGGUCAUCCUAUGGGCCUGUUCCCCAGCCUGCCUUCCUCGCCUCGUGCCAUCAUCACUAACGGCAUGGUUAUUCCAAACUACUCUUCCAGAGAUCAGUAUGAAAAGAUGUUUGCCCUUGGUGUAACUAUGUAUGGUCAAAUGACUGCAGGCAGCUACUGCUAUAUUGGACCUCAGGGGAUUGUUCAUGGCACGAUGCUGACUGUGCUGAAUGCCGGCCGCAGGUACCUGGGCUCCGAUGACUUGAGGGGUCGUGUUUUCGUCACCUCUGGCCUCGGCGGCAUGAGUGGAGCUCAGGCCAAAGCUGCCGUCAUUGCUGGCUGCAUUGGUGUGAUUGCAGAGGUGGACGAGGCUCCUCUUAGAAAACGACACGAGCAGGGCUGGCUGAUGGAGGUCACCAGCAACAUAGAGCACUGCAUUCAGCGAAUCAGAGAGGCAAAGAGCUCCAAAACAGCCCUCAGUCUGGGUUACCAUGGCAACAUAGUAGACCUGUGGGAGCGGCUGCUGCUGGAGUAUGAGAGAACCGGGCAGCUCCUGGUGGAUCUGGGUUCAGACCAAACCUCCCUUCACAACCCGUUCAAUGGCGGCUACUACCCAGUCCAGCUUGCCUUUCGCCAGGCAAACCAACUCAUGACGACUGAUCCUAACCGUUUCCGUACGAUGGUCCAAGAAAGCCUCAGGAGACAAAUAAAGGCCAUCAAUAAGCUUACUGACGCUGGUUUGUUCUUCUGGGACUAUGGCAACGCAUUUCUCCUGGAGGCCCAGAGAGCUGGAGCAGAGGUAGAAAAAGUUGGCGGAGGAGCAACAGAGUUUCGAUAUCCUUCUUAUGUACAACAUAUUAUGGGGGACAUUUUCUCUUUGGGCUUUGGCCCAUUUCGCUGGGUGUGCACAUCUGGUGAUGCACGAGAUCUUGCCGUGACAGAUGACAUCGCUGCUACGGUGCUGGAGGAAAUAGGCGCCAACGUGUCCGAUCGUAUCCGGCAGCAGUACAAUGAUAACAUCCACUGGAUCAGAGAGGCUGGGAAGCACAAAAUGGUCGUGGGAUCCCAAGCCAGAAUCCUUUAUUCUGACCAGAGAGGAAGAGUCUGCAUUGCUUUGGCGAUCAACCAG